UGACUUCCUAUUUAACUAGAGUUUUCAAAUUAGUUUUGAAAGAAGAUAUGAAAAGGCUUGUAAAAGGUUGAGAGAUAGUUAAGAUUGAGUUUUGAGAAACACAUUGAAAGAUAGCAAGUGAGAAAAAACUCAAAUUGUAAAAGUGUCCCUAUUAUUCUUGCUCAAGUGAAAUGCAUAUUCCAUUUAAUUUUUUUUUUUUUUUUUAAUUUUAUAUUUUCUAAUUUAAUUGUUUGUGACUGAAUUAUGUUUAAGUUGUGUUGUAGAUUACAACAAAGUUAACAUACAUAACAACUUACUACUGACCCAAGUAACAAAGAAAACUCAAAUGUCAUUCAAACUCAGAAUUUCUUUCCCCAAAAGACCCACCACAUCGUACUACUCCGCCGAACAAGUUGGCAACAACGACGACCUCCUCAACCAAAUACUCCUCCGCCUUCCCAUAAAGUCUCUCCUCAAAUUCAAAUCCGUAUCCAAACACUGGCUUUCCCUCAUCUCCAACCCCAACUUUUCUCACCGCCGUAGCCCUUUUCCGACCGCCGCCUCCGGCCUCUUUCUUCAAACCUCAAGAUCAUGUGCCAACAGCCCAGAAUUCAAUUUCGUUGACUUUGACCCUUCUUCCUCCUCUUUUGUGGCCCCUUUUAAGUCUCUCACCUUUGUCAACGACCUUUACGGAAUCACAAUCAUACAGUCCUGUAAUGGGUUACUCCUCUGUUCCACAGCUUUCUACUCAAGAAGAAAAAGCUUCUACAUUUACAAUCCCACUACGAAGCACUAUACGACACUUCCUCCGCUGUCGUUUCCUCGUGGAACUUUCACCUGGUCCGUAUGGGACAUCGUCUUAGCUUUCGAUCCUUCCAAAUCUCCUAAUUACAAAGUCGUUUGUUUGACUAUAUGUAACAACAACAACGACAACAACAAUGUGGUCGUUGACGAUCAAUUUCAGAUUCAAAUUUAUUCCUCUGAGACUGGCCCUUGGAGACCUUGCUCUUGCUCUGUACAAGUACAACCUUUUUCUUUAUCACACCUUACAAAUUUAGUAGCCAUUAGUGGGGUUUUCUGCAACGGGGCUAUUCACUGGCUAAAUCGUUAUGGAACUUCACUGUAUUUCAAAGUUGAUGAAGAGAAACUUUACCAAAUGCCAUCAUUUCCUGUGCUUGAUAAUUCUGAUGUCAUCAAUGGGGAUUUCAAGUAUGUUGGUGAGUCCGGGGACCGUUUACAUGCAGUUAUUUGCUUAAAUGGGAUAACAGAUAAUUAUUUGGAAGUAUUUGAGAUGGAAAAGGAUUAUUCUAGAUGGGUUUUGAAGUUCAAAGUUGAUCUUGCUGAAAUUUCAAAUAUAAUUCCUGAGGUUAUCUAUGAUAAUACUCUUUUAGUACUCUGCUUUGUUGUUGGUGGUGAGUUUUCCGAAGAUUCAUUUUUGGUGCUGAUGAUUUUUGAUAUAGUUUUCCGAUAUGAUUUAAAGACUGGAACUUUCUACAAACUGUGUGUCAACAAUCAUCAGCCUGUGUGGUAUGUGAAAAAUUAUCAGUACAUAGAGAGUCUAGCUUGUGUUUGAUUUCAAGUUUUUAAAGUGUUGAAAAUAUUUAUUAGUUCGGGUUUCUGAUGUGAUAUGCCAAAUGGGGGUUGUAAAUUCUUUUGUAAAAUUCUGAAAUUAGUGCCUUUCUUAUAUAGUUUAUGAUCGUAACAAAUGUAUAAUUAUGAAGGAGACUACCACUGAAGAUUGGGCGGGUUGAUUAGAUUUUGGGUUAAAAAAAAUUAUACUCAAACCCAGCCCAUUCACGUGUUGCAGGUUGGCGGGUUUUGGAUUCACGGGUUGGCAGGAUGGCAAAUUCGA